CCAGUCGCUAUAAGACCCAACCAGCGAGCACAUUCACAUAAUCAGACCCCCGUGGUGAGAACUUUCUGCAGUCCGCUGGUCGGGCUGUGCAAGAAAAUAAUAUUCGUCUUGAACGAGAGCGAGCGAGCGUGUCUUAGUGUGUGCGUGCGUGUGCGCUUCGUCCUGAACAUUUUGAUUGGCAGAAUGGGUCCCAGCUGGCUGGCCUUCCUUCUGCUCGGGCUGAUCUGCUCGUCAUAUCUCGCAGUGUCCGCAACGAACGGUGAAUCUCUUACAUACUCAAAUUCAAGAAAUGGCACAUCUAAUCCAAAUACAACAACGCCUGCUACCGUUUUAUCUAACGUAACAAUAGCGCCUCCCGCUCAAUCUAACGUAACAAUAACGCCUCCCGCUCAAUCUAACGUAACAACAACGCCUCCCGCUCAAUCCAACGUAACAAUAACGCCUCCCGCUCAAUCUAACGUAACAAUAGCGCCUCCCGCUCAAUCUAACGUAACAACAACGCCUCCCGCUCAAUCUAACGUAACAAUAACGCCUCCCGCUCAAUCUAACGUAACAAUAACGCCUCCCGCUCAAUCUAACGUAACAACAACGCCUCCCGCUCAAUCUAACGUAACAACAACGCCUCCCGCUCAAUCUAACGUAACAACAACGCCUCCCGCUCAAUCCAACGUAACAACAACGCCUCCCGCUCAAUCUAACGUAACAAUAACGCCUCCCGCUCAAUCUAACGUAACAACAACGCCUCCAGCUCAAUCCAACGUAACAACAACGCCUCCCGCUCAAUCUAACGUAACAAUAACGCCUCCCGCUCAAUCCAACGUAACAACAACGCCUCCCGCUCAAUCUAACGUAACAACAACGCCUCCCGCUCAAUCUAACGUAACAAUAACGCCUCCCGCUCAAUCCAACGUAACAAUAACGCCUCCCGCUCAAUCUAACGUAACAACAACGCCUCCCGCUCAAUCCAACGUAACAAUAACGCCUCCCGCUCAAUCUAACGUAACAAUAACGCCUCCCGCUCAAUCUAACGUAACAAUAACGCCUCCCGCUCAAUCCAACGUAACAAUAACGCCUCCCGCUCAAUCUAACGUAACAAUAACGCCUCCCGCUCAAUCUAACGUAACAAUAACGCCUCCCGCUCAAUCCAACGUAACAACAACGCCUCCCGCUCAAUCUAACGUAACAAUAACGCCGCCCGCUCAAUCCAACGUAACAACAACGCCUACUGUCCCAUCUAACGGAACAACACCGACUACAAAACCAACCACAAGUACAGCCCCUCCAACUGUGACUGAUUUCGACGAAUGCGCCCUGCCAACGGCUUGUCCAGCGCUGGCAAAGUGCAUCAACAGCAUGGGCUCGUACCGCUGCGAGUGUCCAAUCGGCUACUUCUUGAAAGAAGAUGGAAGCAGCUGCAAUCUGGCCAAGACUUUUCCAUCUCUCCUGCACAUAACGGAGGAAAAUUUUACUUCUCAAAUGGAAGACAAAAGCUCAAGCGAAUUUAAAAGGGUUUCCCUUCUUAUUUUGAAUGUGAUUUCAAAUGCGUUGACAAACACUUCAGGCUACCUUGGCUCUGAAGUCAUUAGGCUGAGACCGGGAAGCGUGAUUGCGGACGUUUCGAACAUGUACCAGACAACCUCUCCAAUUACGAAAGAACAAGUUGAUAAUGAAGUGGAAAAUGCUCUUGAAAGCUGCAACCAACUCUCAGGAGGAUGUCUAGGUUGGACUUCAGAAAACACCAAUCUGUGCGACGUCAACCCGUGCCUCGACACGUUUUCCACGUGCACGGAAGUCGGGCAGGGCUUCGCGACGUGCACCUGCCUGCCCGGAUACGUGAAGUCGGAGUUCGGGGACAUCUGCACGGUUUGUUCCAUUGGCUUCAGGGCGGAAGAAGGAGUAUGCGUCAAAUGCGAAGGCCAGGCCACUGGAAUCAACUGCUUGGACUGCCCAGACGGCUACACAAAUGAGAACGGAGUGUGCAAAGAAUGUUCCUUUGGAUACAGUGGGAAGAAAUGCCAAGAACCCUUCCUGCUCGUGGUGGUGGUGGUGUCGACCAUCGGAGGAGCGGCCCUCAUCGCGCUCAUCACCGCCGUCAUCGUCCUGAGCGUCCGGAAGCAUGCCACGAAAGGGGGUGACUUAACGAGCUCUUCGAAUUUCCGCAUCUCGUACCGAGCGCACUCCAAGUCGCUCCGCUCGCACGUCAGCGACGAGAAAUCGCUGGCGAAGGGAAAUAAUCCGUACGGGGACAUUGAACCGGUAACCUUCACCAACCCCGUGUUCAAGAAUGACAAGUCCUCCUCCUCGGAUGUUUACUACUAGCCACCCCCCCCCGUUAAUCGCAUGCCAAGUCAGGCUAUCGUAUGCAAACACCGUUUUUAAUCGCAUGCCUAGGCAGGGAACCAAACAUUGAUUCACCGUGACUGAUCCAACCUGGUAACAUGUACCGUACUGCAUAGUCUCCGAUUAACAUAUUCCAUUUGUAUGUUGAUUAACUCUGACGAAUCCAACCGGAGUAACGUGACCCACUGUAAUGUAUGUGACUACGUGACCCCGCCCCCUUUUCUGAUCUUCGCACCUGAUAGGCUCACGAGUGAUGACAUUACCUUCACUCUAUUUUUAAGACGGGAAACAGGAGGACAUCUUCACAAUUCUGGCAAAGUCACCUGAUGAAGCCGGUUGCAGUCGCCCUGGCGAAACGUCACUAAGACUCACAUUUUAAAUGUCGUGGGUUCCUCUCUCCCCAACACACAAACACCAGCAGCACAAUCCCGGAUACAACGCAAGGAGUGGGCACGUUUUGUUUACGUGACAAAAGCCUUGCUAAUUGGCUGAGUCGGGUGGUGGUGGGGCUUGACAAUUCUAUUCACGCGGUCUAAGCCAAAGGAACUGUUGUUUUGUAGUAGCCACCCCACAGCCCACCCGAAUAUGUCGAACGUCACCUUCUCGACAAUGCUGCCGCGAUAAGAUGUCACAUUGUAUGUGUGUGUACGUACGUUGGGACUUCUUUCACACCGUACGUAGCCAACCAUGCUAAUCGGCGGUACGGAGGGCACAAUCAAGUGAUGAUUACCACGAUGUAAGUUUCCAUUACUUUUGUCAUGGUGUUUUAAACGUUUAUAUUAUUUGCAAUAGUGAUAAUGAGAAUUUUGUUUUUUUUUAUAGUCAAGUUAUUCUUGCAAACCGCGGUCUCACUGAUCGCUGCGCAAUCCGCAAAGACACGGAGGUGCGUAUAGAUUGAGGUAUUUUGAGCCAAAUAUUUUGAGUCGGUUUAACACGCAGCAGUCUUUCGUGACCAAUAUCAUUCCGAAUAAAUGUUCUUGGGUGA